GAACAAACCCCGCGCCGCCUUUAGCCACCGCACCAUCACUAACGCACCACCACAAUAAUCUCCUAAAAUCCAUCCAUCCAUCCAUCCAUCUAUUUAAAAACUUGGUUUUUUAUCCUUCUUUUUCGUUUAUUUAUCAUGCCCGCCACUACCAUUGCCCACCGUCCCCAAACCAUUCAAUCUUUGAUUGAUGGUGUCGAACGCUACAACCCCGAAAACGUCAAUGUUCUCGAAGAAUACCUUGCUACUCAGUGCAAGAAUGGAGAUUAUGAUCUUAUGGCCAACCUUGCCAUCUUGAAAUUGUACCAAUUCAACCCUAACCUUGCCAGCACCAAUGUCAUCAUCAACAUCCUCGCAAAGGCAUUGACUGCCGUUCCUGCACCCGAUUUCAACCUUUGCCUUUACCUCUUGAGCGAACAAGCCACUCUUCCUGCUGUUGAAAAGUUGACAACUCUCCAACAAUUGUUGGAACAAUCCCGUUACGCCAAGUUCUGGGAAACCUACAACAACGAAGAAUACAAAUCGCUUACUGCUGCCGUUGUUGGCUUUGAGGCUGCCAUUCGCCAGGUCAUUGCUCGAGUUGUUGCCAUGUCCCACCAGGUCAUCAGCACAUCCGUCUUGAGCAGCUACCUUGCUCUCAGCGGUGAUGAGUUGACCAAGUUCUGCAACGAACAGCAGUGGCAGAAGAAGGACGAUGUUGUCCAGAUUCCUAUCAACGAAGACAAUGAAGCCAAGGCUGUGGUUGUCAUUGAGAACAUCAAGUUUGAACAAUUGACAAAGGUUAUUGGCUACUCCAACGAGAUGUAAAGAAGAAAAAGAAAAAUCUCUCCCCCUUCCAUAUCAUCAUCACCAACACUUUAUAUAAAGAAAAGAAAACAAACAAAAAAGGAUAAACAUGUGCAGUCAAAAAGAACAAAGAGGAGCAAUGGUAUGAUAUUCUUCACAAAAGAAGAGUUUUUUUUUCAUGUUAAUUUAGAAGCGAUCAUCAACAACAACAACAACAGCAACAGCAAACACAACAACACCUAUUCACACACACACACAUUUUACGCAUCUUUUAUUCUCUUUAUAAAAGAUUUUCCUUUUAUCUCCUUUCCUUACCUCAUUAUUUCAUUCCAUAUCUCUUACCUCCUUCAACUUGUAUAAAAAAGAAUUCCCAUC